GCGGUUGAGGGCGCGCAGUUUGAAUUGGUCGUGCGCCGAGGCUCCCUUGCAGCUAUUUUCAGUGCUGAGACUUCAUGGCUCUACAGCCUGUUUCGCUCGAAGGAGAGUUAGUGGGCUCGUGCGUUUAUGAGUCGACUCCGUAGGCUCCAGGAGUAGGGGUCGGGGUCGCAGGGAAACACACAUAUAUGUAUAUAGAUCUAGAUAGCAUUUUCCCUAAAGGAAAUAGAGGAUGGCUGCUGCAGAGCUGGAAGACUUAUGUUCUCAUAUCAAUGAAAAAAUCUCUUGUGUUAAGAAAAUUCUGCAAUUAAAAAACAUAGGACACGAUCCAGCCUUAAAGACAGUAUUUCGGAAAAUUGGGCAUGAAAUAACUCUUCUAAAUGACCUUUUAAACAAGUUGGAGUUGGAGGUUCAAUAUCAAGAACAUGUCAGGAAUUCACUUAGGGAGUUACAAGAAUCCCUUGAUGGAAACUACAAAGAAAUACAUGACCUUAAAGAAAAUAUUCCUCCCCAUUUGCCCAAAGUAAUCCAAAGCUGUGUGGUGGAACCAAAUGUUAAUCCUGAAGAGCAAGUUAAAAUUACAGCAUCUGAACACUCAAAGAAACCCCCAAAAGAGCAAAAACCAAUUAAAGAAAUUUUACUAAUAACAUCUGAUGAAUUCAAUAAUGUGUCUGGGUAUAUGAAAUCUCGCCUGACAUACUGUCAAAUUAAUGAUUUUAUUAAAGAAAUCAACAAGGCAGUUGCUAGUAAAUAUAGAAUUCUAAAUUUGCCCCCCAGAUCUAUGAAUUCUUCUAUCAGAAGUCUGUAUUACAGAUUCAUUCAAGAUGAAACAAAGGAUACCAAAGGCCAGUACUUUGUAGUAGAAGCUGAUAUAAAAGAGUUCACAAAUUUGAAAGUUGACAAGCGAUUUCAUGUGAUACUGAACAUUUUAAGGCACUGCAGACGGCUCUCAGAGGUCCGUGGAGGAGGACUUGUCCGUUAUGUUAUAAAUUGAUAGUCUUUGCCAUUUUCAUUGACAAUAUUGUAUAGACUGCUUUGUAAUUCUUAGUUCAUAUCUUUUUGUUUUCAUUAGCUUCUUUAAUUUGUUUUGCACUUAGUAAAAUGUGAAUGUGCUGUUGGUUAUAAGGGAGGCUAGCCCGGUAAAAAAUAAAUGCCAUUACCACUACCUAAAAGCAAUUUAUUUAGUGAUGUUAUUUCCUUAGAUGAGUAUUAACCAGUACAUUACUUGAUGAUCUGUCCAAUGUCUCUUCUGCAUGGGUCUUGAAUUGUUAUGAUGUUGUAAGGAUUAGAACUGUGGAACAAACUCUCCAUAGAGCUUUUUGGUAGUGAAAAAGUUAUGGAUUUUAUGAAUUGGAUGAGUUGGCUUAUUCUACCUAUUGAGCCUUUCUCUUGUUUUUGUUCUUUCCCAAAUUUUAGGGUCAAAUGUAUUCAUGUGUAUCAUUUAUACCGUAUUAAUUUAGGCUGGUUUCUUUGUGCUUUUUUUCAUAUGUUUUGGUCUAGUCUCUUUGAAGGUGAGAAAUAUAUACAUAUGUAUGUGUGUGUAUAUGUAAUAUUAAACAUUUCUUUAAAGUGCAUUCUACAGUAUUAUGCACACAGUGGCUAUUCAACAAUUCUUAUUGAUUUCUGUGUAAACCUGAAACUGGGGAGUCUGGGUAUAUUGCCUUACAGGGCCAUGCAUUUGGAAUAUGGAGACCUCAUUAAAACAUCAAACUUAUUCAUUGAUAUUUAUGCCUGUAUGAUUGGAUUUCAGGAGAAUGUAAGCUCCUUGAGGGCAGGGGCUAUUUUGUUUUUUAUGUAUCUUUGUUUCCUUGGAGCUUUUUAUAGUAGGUAUUUAAUAAACUUUUUAAAAAGUUGAACUGAA